AUGGCCUCCUUCAAGUACCUUGCGACUGCUUUGGCAGCUUCGCUGCCUGUUGCGACAGCUCUAUAUCAAAAUGGCUCCGUCAUCGCUCCAUGCGACUCUCCCAUUUACUGCUAUGGAGAUAUUCUCGCGGAGAUUGAGAUGGCUAGGCCAUUUACAGACUCCAAGACUUUUGUUGACAUGCCUGCGAAAAAGUCCCUGUCGGAAAUUCAGGCUGCGUUUGAUAAGCUCCAGAAGCCGCUGUCCAACAACACCGAACUCAACGAUUUCCUUGACACAUAUUUCGAGGACGCCGGCGGCGAACUCAAAGCUGUCUCUAAAGACAAGCUCAAGACUGAUGCUAAAUUUGUCAACAAGCUCAACGAUACUGUCAUCAAAGAAUUCGUCAACAAGGUCAUUGACAUUUGGCCUGAUCUGACACGCGAGUACGCUGGCUCAACCACCAACUGCACCAGCUGCCCCAACAGCUUCAUUCCCAUCAACAGAACAUUUGUUGUCGCUGGCGGUCGCUUCCGUGAGCCCUACUACUGGGACUCGUACUGGAUCGUCGAAGGUUUACUGCGCACUGGCGGCGCGUUCGUCGAAGUCACCAAGAACACUAUUGAGAACUUUUUGGACCUCAUUGAGCAGUUCGGGUUCAUUCCCAACGGCGCGCGCCUCUACUAUCUCAACCGUUCACAACCCCCAGUGCUGUCGCAGAUGGUCAAGGCUUACAUCAAUCACACCAACGAUACUAGUAUUCUAGAGCGUGCACUGCCCAUUCUCGUCAAGGAGCAUGACUUCUUCAUGACCAACCGCUCCGUUGACGUGACUGUUGAUAACAAGACUUAUACUCUCAACCGCUACGCCGUGUCCAACACGCAGCCUCGGCCCGAGUCCUACCGCGAGGAUUACAUUACCGCAAACAACAAGUCCUACUAUGCCGAAUCAGAAAUCAUCUACCCUGCCAAGAAGGCGCUCAGCGAAAGUGAGCAGGCAACUCUCUACGCCAAUCUUGCUUCCGGGGCCGAGUCUGGCCUCGACUACACCACUGCCAAGUGGUCCAGCAACCCUAGCGAUUCGAUGAGAGACGUUUACUUCCCACUGCGGUCGCUCAACAUUAUGAACAUUGUUCCUGUGGACCUCAAUUCGAUCCUUUACGGAAACGAAAAGGCGAUUGCUGAAUUUUACAAUAUGACGGGCAACUCCAGCGCUGCUGACAGCUGGGCGAAGAAGGCGGCUGACCGCGCCGAGGCCAUUCACGCUGUCUUUUGGAAUGAGACGCUCUACAGCUACUUUGACUAUAACAAAACGUCUUCAAGCCAGCACAUAUAUGUCCCCAGCGAUUCGGACACGCAAGCAUUUGAGAAUGCGACUGCUCCCGCUGGUAUGCAGGAGCUUUUCGCAGUUACCCAAUUUUACCCUUUCUGGAUGGGCGCCGCCCCAGACUACAUCCGCAACAAUCCGUACGCGGUCAAGAAUGCUUAUUCGCGCGUUUCCAAGUACCUUGACCUCAAGAAGGGCGGCAUUCCCUCGACCAACCUGCGCACCGGCCAGCAGUGGGAUCAGCCCAACGUGUGGCCGCCGCUGAUGCACAUCCUCAUGAAGGGCCUGACUAACACCCCGGCCACCUUUGGCAAGGACGAUCCCGCGUGGCAGGACGUGCAUAAACUCGCGCUGCGUCUCGGCCAGCGUUAUCUGGACUCGACCUUUUGCACCUGGUACGCGACGGGUGGCUCGACCUCGGCGACGCCGCAGCUGUCGGGUCUGUCCGAGUCUGAUGUAGGCAUCAUGUUUGAAAAGUACGACGACACAAGCAUCAACCAUGCCGGCGGCGGCGGCGAGUACGAGGUGGUCGAGGGCUUUGGCUGGACCAACGGCGUCCUGCUGUGGGUGGCCGACACAUUUGCCAACGAGCUCAAGCGGCCCGACUGCGGCAAUAUUACGGCCGCCAAUGUGCACCCGGGCAAGCGCAGCCUCAGCGCCGUGCAGCUGAGCAGCCGUGAUGCUCAGCGCGUCAAGAAGUUUGGUCGCCGAGCUCUAUGA